AUGGCCGCGCCCAAGAUCUUCGACGCCAUCAUCAUCGGCGGUGGCCCGGCGGGCCUGUCCGCAGCCCUAGCACUGGCGCGCGUGUGCCGCACAUCCGUGUUGUUCGACUCGGGCGAGUAUCGCAACCAGGGGGUCGAAGCCAUGCACACCUUUCUCUCGAGGGAUGGCAUCCACCCGGAAGAGUUCCGCGAGGCGGCGCGGCAGCAGAUCCAGGAGAAGUACUCGACCCAGGUCUCCUUCAUGAAGGGCCGUGUCGUGCGCGUCAACAACAGGGAGAUCCUCCCGGGGUACACUGGCUUCGAGGCCGUCGAGGCCCGCGGCCAGGCAUUUCUCGGGAGGAAACUCAUCCUCGCCACGGGAACCGAAGACAUCUUUCCUGACAUCGAGGGAUUCAAAGAGAACUGGCCAGACAACAUCCACAACUGCCCCUUCUGCGACGGCUACGAAACCCAGGCCCACCCCGACGGCACGGGCAUCCUAACCUUCGCCAACCCGUCCUACCUUUCCUACGCACUCAUGAUCUUGCGCUUCAACAAAGCCAAUACAACCAUUUACACCGACGGCCCGGCCCCCUCAGACGAACCGACCCAAUCUGCCCUGCGCAUUGCCCUCGCCAACGGCAUCCGCCUCGACACCCGGCGCAUCCGCCGACUCGUAAGCAAUCACCUCGAAAAGGGCAUGAAGAUUGAGUUCGAAACAGGCUCGCCGCAAAAAGUAGGCAUGCUCUUCCAUCGCACCGCGAUGCGCGCUCGCGGCCGGGAGGCGCUGAUCGAGCAAUUGGGGUUGGAGGUCAAGCUCAGCGGGGACGUGGCGGCUGAUAGUUUGACGUUGCAGGCGAACGGGGUUCGGGGCGUGUUUGUGGCGGGGGAUGUGUGCGAGAUGGCCAAGCAGGCUGUGAUUGCUGCUGCGCAUGGGGUCAGGGCGGCGGGGGGCGUGGUGCAUCAGCUUGUUGAGGAGGAAGGGGCGGCAGUGGAGGUAUAA